GCCGGAAGUGAGAAUCUCGUAGUUUUCUUCGGUAUGGCGCCCUACCACGGUGGAGGCGUGCCGGCCACCUGAGGCGAAGAGCGGUGGAGAGCGUAAGAGACCCGGACGCAGUUUGGAGCUGGGCCCGAGCAGCCGUCCCCCAGUCAGGUCAUGGGCCCCAGCAGCCAGUGGGAAGCGUGCUUCGCGAUCCUGCGAGUGCACCCUGCCGGAGUGUUCGGGAUAGCCUUUCUGGCCCGGGUUGCCCUGGUGUUCUACGGGGUCUUCCAGGACCGCGCUCUGCGCGUGCGGUACACGGACAUCGAUUACCAGGUCUUCACGGACGCUGCGCGUUUUGUCACACAGGGGCGGUCCCCUUACCUGAGGGCGACCUACCGUUACACCCCGCUGCUGGCGUGGCUCCUCACACCCAACGUCUACCUCAGCGAGUUGUUCGGAAAGUUUCUGUUCAUCAGCUGCGACCUCCUCGCCGCUUUUCUUCUGUACCGCCUGCUGCUUCUUAAGGGGCUGGAACCGCGCCAGGCCUGUGGCUACUGCGCCUUCUGGCUCCUCAACCCCCUACCCAUGGCAGUGUCCAGCCGAGGCAACGCGGACUCGGUUGUCGCCUCCCUGGUGCUUAUGGCCCUGUACUUAAUCGAGAAACGCCUCAUCGCGGGGGCCGCAGUAUUCUACGGUCUCGCGGUGCACAUGAAGAUGUAUCCGGUGACCUAUGCCCUUCCCAUAGCUCUCCACUUGCUUCCCGAGGGCGACAGUGGCGAAUGCCAUCAGUCCCGGCCUUCCUUGCAGGCUCGUUUGUACGCAUUCCCGAGGAGGCUGUGGAGUCGGGCUGUACUGAUCUUCGCAGCAGUUGCUGGACUCACAUUUUCUGCGCCGAGCUUUGGUUUUUACCGUAAAUAUGGUUGGGAAUUUGUGGAGCACACCUACCUUUAUCACCUGACCAGGCGGGAUAUCCGUCAUAACUUUUCCCCAUACUUCUAUAUGCUGUAUUUGACUGCAGAGAGCAAGUGGAGUUUUCCUCUGGGAAUUGCUGCGUUCCUGCCACAGUUUAUCUUGCUUUUAGCGGUGUCCUUCGCCUAUUACAGAGACCUCGUCUUUUGUUGUUUUCUUCAUACGUACAUUUUUGUGACUUUUAACAAAGUCUGCACUUCCCAAUACUUUCUUUGGUACCUCUGCCUUCUGCCCCUUGUAAUGCCGCUAGUGAGAAUGCCUUGGAAAAGAGCAGUCGCCCUCCUAAUGUUAUGGUUUAUAGGCCAGGCCCUGUGGCUGGCACCUGCAUAUGUUCUUGAGUUUCAAGGAAAGAACACCUUUCUGCUUAUUUGGUUAGCUGGCCUAUUCUUCCUUUUUGUCAACUGUUCUGUUCUGAUUCAGAUUAUUUCCCAUUACAAGGAAAAACCCCAGACAAAGAGAAUCAAAUAUGACUAACCAACCAAAAAGUUUGGGAAAUUUUUUUUCCUGCAUAUUCUAAGCACUGUAGUGAAAUGUCUUUAUUUCAACGGAAAUUAAAACCCAUGUUUGCUUUAUACAUAACAGGGACUCAAUAAUUGAAGCUCAUCUUUUAGAAAACCUUAGGACGCAUUUAUACAUAAUGGGAAGUAAGGAAUACUUGUUUUAUGUCCUUUAUUUUUAUUAUUUUUUUGUACCAGGAAUUGAACUCAGGACCUUGUCCUUGUCAGGUAGGUAUUUGUGCUACUGAAGAACACUUGUUUUAAAAUGGAAAGACCAAUUAGGUGUGGUGGUACAUGCCUGUACACCAGCACUAAAGCAGGCUGAAGCGGGAGAAUCACAACUAAAUUCUAGAUGAAAAGCCUUUUUAGCAAAUAGAAAUUUGAAAUUAAGAAUAUACUAAAGUUUUAAUGUAUACUUUAAAAAUAUCUUUGGAUAUUUAAGGU